CAUGCGUGGCAGCGCAGCGUCAUCACAACACACGCAAUGGCGGCUGCGUCGCUCUCCUGUGGCGGACAACAGAGGAGUGUAAUUUCGACAGCUUAAUUUAUAACGUUAUUUUGAAAAAAAACAAAAGUAUGAUUGAUAAUUUUUCGGCUCUGUUCGGGCAAAGCGAGCCGUCUGGUCCGCCCGGGUCGUCGGCUCUGGGGUUCGGUUCGGCCAAACCUCCCACCCAGGCCCCGAAUCAGGUGCCGUUGUUGUCGGUUCCGAUGCAGCAGCACGUCGGGGAAGAAGGACUGCGAAAAGCCGCGGCGAUGAACCAGCCUUUCUACCUGCUGAGAGAAAUGCCAGCGGGUAACGAGCUCACAGGAAACACAAACUUGAUCACUCAUUACAACCUGGAGCACGCUUACAAUAAGUUCUGUGGGAAGAAAGUGAAGGAAAAACUAAGCAACUUCCUGCCGGAAUUGCCAGGUAUGAUUGACAUGCCUGGCACUCAGGACACCAGCUCUCUGCGCUCCUUGAUUGAAAAGCCUCCCAUCUGUGGAAACACCUUCAACUCCCUGACCGGCACCCUGCUGACCGGCUUCAGACUCCACGCUGGACCACUCCCGGAGCAGUAUCGCUUGAUGCACAUCCAGCCCCCGAAGAAGAAAAACAAACACAAGCACAAGCACAGCCGCCCCCAGGACCCCGUGCCCCCCGAAACCCCUUCUGAUUCCGACCACAAAAAGAAAAAGAAGAAAAAGGACGACGAUCCCGACAGGAAAAAGAAAAAAAAAGAAAAAAAGAAAAAAAAGAAUCGUCACAGCCCCGAUCAUCUAGGCAUGACCAGCUCUCAGCCCAACAGCAGCAGCAGCAGUUUGAGAUGAAGUCUGAAACCGUUUUGAUUUCAUCACAAAAGGACGCCCGACGUCAAUCCCCCUCAAUGACCAUCUUUAAAAUCCAUUCUCUCACCUCUUAUUAACUUUAUUAACAUGAUCACUGCUCCCUCCCUUUAAAGGAGCGCUGACCAUCUUUAAAAUCCAUUCUCUCACCUCUUAUUAGCUUUAUUAACAUGAUCACCGGCCCCUCCCUUUAAAGGCGCGCUGACCAUCUUUAAAAUCCAUUCUCUCACCUCUUAUUAGCUUUAUUAACAUGAUCACCGGCCCCUCUCUUUUUAUCAAGCCUAUUUGGGGGUGGGUGGGGGGGGGGGGUCAUCUCUCUUUCAUUCCUCCCCGAGCUCUCGAUUUCUCAACUGGUCUAAUUAUUUGAUCAACUGGACAAAUUAAACCCUUCUCUCUUUCCAGGCCUCAAAGUGUUUCACAGGUCUCGAAUCAAGUGGCAAUUUUGUUUCCAGAGACUUUGAAAAACCAAAAAAUACUAAUUUGCUUUUUAUAAUUUGUUCUCGGCUCCUUAAAAAGUUGCAGGGUUCGAGUUGCUGAUAAAACGUUCACGGCCGACUCAAUCUGCAACCGUUUCGGAGCUGAAAACGAUAAAAAAACGUCUAAUUUUAAAAGCGGAUGAUCAGUUCAAUUCGGGGUCUGGUUCAGUAAAUCGAGAGCUCAGUUAGAAUAAGCACACACACACACGGGGGGUCGGGGAAGCACCACGCUGCAUCCUGGUCACUCCCGUCGGAGUGAGCUUGACCUACAGCGCAGCAGGAAGUGAUGCGGUUCCGGGAACGUUUCCUCUUCUCUAGGUUUUGUCUUUUGAAUCGGGCUGCUGGUUCUGCGCUGCAGUGUCAAAGACAGGACGGGUCGUUCGUACUUCAUCAGAAACGAGGACUUCAGUCUGACCUCAGACUUCUUACUGCGUGAAACACGACCAGCAGACCAGCGAGGGAACGACCGCUUCGGAGAGCUAGCGGGGUUGAAUUUUAAAAUAAAGUGUUUAAAUAAACAAACCUGCUUUCAAAGUGA